AUGUUGUUUGUUUCUACCAGGCCAACUUUAUUUAAUCCUUUCUUUAGGUCGAUUUUAAAUCAUACUUCUCUUGCGUCUCGCAAUUUUUCGACUUCUGUUAUACGAUCCAAUAAUGACAAGAAAUCCAACGACGAAGCGAGUCUAAGCAAUUUGACAUGGGAUGGUUUUUUCAAAUUAAGAAGAUUACAAAGAAAGAUUAAUGUCGGUUCAUCGGUCUUCACUGCUUUCCUUGGUUGUAACAUUUCUUGGGUUUAUCUAUCAAACAUGCAAAUUGAUCCAACUCAAAUGAUCAUGGGCUUUGAUCCUUUAGUCGUUGUUUCCGCUGGGUUAGUCGCAUCUGGUGCGCUAGGCUAUUUAUUUGGUCCUUUAUUUGGUUCUCAAAUAUUCAAAUUGUGGAAAUCUAAAUCUUUGAACCAAUUCAACCUGAAAAAUAGAGAAUUCUUAGAACAUAUUAAAACUAAUAGAGUAGAUGCAUCUUCACAAAGUUUCAGUAACCCUGUUCCAGAUUAUUAUGGUGAAAAGAUUGGUUCCAUAAAGCAAUACAGACAAUGGUUAAGAGAUUGUCACUCAUAUGCCAGAAAGGCCAAGGAAUUCUUAUAA